UUAAUAAUUCUGUUAAAAAUUGUGACCGUCCAAAAAGUCCAGUUGCUUCACUAAGUUCUGAAGAAAUUAAUAAUUAUGAGAAUGAAGAACAGUCACACGARUUGCCUGGUUCAAAGAUUGAUGUUAAGAAGUUAUCUACGUCAACAAUUAUUAAUGUGCUAAAAAUCAAAGCUUUACCAAAAAAUUGGUGCUGGACAACUGAUUUGGUCAAUCCUCACAGUCUAGUAUUAUGCUAUUUGGAUAAAGUAAAUAUGAAUUUGAAAUUUCGUGUUACAAUUAAUGACAACUCCAAUAUCUCGUUGUUAAACCUUAAAACGCAAGAGUUGGUUGAAUUCAACUCUGAUUUUUCUGACAUAUCAGAYUUUUGGAAAUUUCUAAAAGAUUUAGAAGAUUGUGAGUUAUGUGAUGGGACUGGAUUUGAUAAAGAAAGAUGUUCAUCAUCGUGCACUGGUGUGUCACAGCCUAACGAAAAAWACAAGAAACAUAUGAAUGGUUUCCGAUGUGUUGCUUGCCGAAAAUUGCGAYACAAAUUACUGAAUCAAUCUUAYAGAAUCAAGCCUGAUAUCAAAGAUCGCUAUGAUAGUUUGAAAUAUCAGGACAGUCUCAAAAGAAAGCAAAUUAAGCGUCUUAAACGAAAAAUUAAAUCACUCUUACAAAUAAUUAAAGCGCAGAAAGUGAACUCUAUGACAAUUAAAGAUGAAGCUUUAAGAAAUGAAAUUUGAAAAUCUUUCUGGAAUAUUUAACCCUUUCACUGCGGCGCGACCUCGGAGUAAUCCAUCACCAGGGACAGCGCGUUAUACGCACGUCGGUUGCUACUCCGUGCAACCAGUGACCAAAACAGUACCUGGAGAUUUGAAACUAUUCGUAGGACUUAAAAAAUUUCAUCAAUAACAGUUGCUAAUUACRUAUAAAGAAAAAAGAAUGA